AUGAUUCCGGAUGAUAAUCUUCUUGAUGGUAUCAUUCCCGGAUUUCAAUAUCCUCCCGAAAUUUGUGUGGAUUAUCUUUCUCAUGAUUGGAAAAAGGAAGAUGAUCUUUGGACAUCUUGGAAAGCCAUGUCAAAACAAAAGAAAGAAAUUACCAAUGGGAUUAGAUUAGAGAAUGCAUCUUGGAGAAGUUGGACUAAACAAAAAUAUAAUUUGAAAACUGUGAAUCCCGAAAAACUUAAUUGGCUCAAAGAUAGUGAUGUAACGUGGUUAUAUGGACCUUUGCAUACAGCUUGGCCACAAAAAAAGGAAGACAAAUCAAAAUCAUUAACAACUAAAUCAAUAUCAGAAAUAUUAUGUCCAUCUAUAAAGAACCGACCUAUAUUAAUAUCAAGUAAUUCUGAUACUCAAUUAUAUCAAAAAGAUCAACAAGAGAAUGUCAAUUCAGAUAUUAUUAAUGAUUGUGAUGGUUAUUCAAGUUGUUCUUCAAUAUCUGGUCCUACCACUCCAAUAACUGGACCAACCAAAUCAAUCAUGUUACAAAAUGCUCAAAAUGAUAAUCAUUAUUCACAACCACAUCACAUUAGAUUUAACGAACAAGUUGAUCAAUGUAUUGCUGUUGAUUCUGAAGAUGACGAUGAUGAUCUUGUGAAUUCUUCUUUAUCUUCUAAUCCUUUAUAUGAUCAACCACCACCAACAGUUUUACCAGGUAUAGUAGAUAAGGCGGUACAUAUUGCCAGCAAUUUUCGGGAUAUGGUAAAUUGGUAUAUUGGAUUAUAA